UUUUCGUUUUCCGCUUCAGCUCCGGUCUCGGCGGGGCGUCGGGUUCAGGGCCAGAAGAUCUCGUGGUGGGAGGGACAGAAGGGGCUGGCCUUCCUCCAGGACGUCCAGCUGGUGGACGGGGAGCUGGUGGUGCCGCAGCCCGGCCUCUACUACGUCUACGCCCAGACCUACUUCAGACACACACACUCGCUGGAGGAGGAGGGCGAGGACGGAGAGGAGGUGGAGGACAGAGGGAGGCCCCUGCUGCAGUACGUCUAUAAGAAGGUGAGCUCCUACCAGGUUCCCAUCCUGCUGAUGAAGACGAGUCGGACCUCCUGCUGGUCCCGGGGCUCCCAGUUCUCUCUGCACUCCGCCCACCAGGGGGGGCUGUUCCCGCUCACCGCCGGCGACCGCCUGUUCGUCACGGUGACGAACGCCUCUGCCGUGGACAUGGACGAGAAGAGCAGCUUCUUCGGCGCUUUUCUCAUCAGCUAGGAUGACCAGCAGAGGGAGCUGUCGUCACGUUUGUGUUGAUUCUAGACUCCUCCUCCUCCUGCUCCUCGCUCCUGAAGUGAAAAACUGACGCUAGAAGUCGCAGCUUUGUUCAGAGUCUCAGCCCAACACUGGUUUUGUUGGUGAAGACUUAAGACGGACACGAGUUUAAUUGUUGUGCAAAUGUGUUGAUUUUGAAAUGUGUUGACGUGACCGACGGAGAAAGUUCUGCUGCACAAACUUUUCUUGGAUUCGUCCGUGGACUCACGUAAAGUCACCGGUUCAUCGCGUGCACCUACGUUUAAUCUCCUGUGCUCUUCUAACGUCACUUGACAUCAUUUCGUGCGCGGCCCCGUCGGGUCCUGAGGCCGUGGUCUGCGUCUGUUCUAUAACUCCUGCCGCAAGACGUUCAUCAAUCCACAAAAUCGCUUAUCACUCUUUUUUCCUCGGUUCAAAGAUGGAUCGUCUUCGUUGUCCCAGGAGGGAUCGACUUUACAUGUCCAUUUCUCACAUGUACACAUGCAAGCAAUAUGUGCCCAGUGGACAUAUGGUCGUAUUUACGUGAUCUUGAAGGACGUGUGUGCGAAGUCCAAAACCUCAGAACCCGAAGUUUCCUUGCUUUGCCAACGAGCAGCGUUGAAGCGAUGCAGGAAAAGUUGAAUGAAUAAUGAGUGUGAGGUGGUUUCACUUCAGCGUGACGUAAAAAACUUCAUUAACUCACCUUUGGCAGCCUCUAGAUUCUCCACAAGGGGGCACUGCUGCCACCUGGGAUGGACACGCGCCACCUACGGGAGAGAAACGUCGCAGCAACAGUUGUGCGCUUUGUGUAAACGUAAUCAUUUGUUCUCAAUUUCCCAACAAAGCUUCAGUGUUUUCCUCUCAGAAAUGUUUGUGCGUAACCUUUCUCAGAUGGUUGAGCGUUUAAAUCAAAGACACGGCGAGGAGAGCGGCGCCUCGCGCUGACAUCCGCACGGUGACAUUAAAGAAGCAUCUUCAUCACCUCAUCCCUCAUGAGUUUGUAAAGUAAAAUUCAAAACACUGCUGCUUGUGUUUUUGUUGGCAGCCGCAUCACAGUCUCUGGCUCUGCUGUCAGUCCUCCAGCGUUGGCUCGUCCGCGGCGAGCGCUCUCCAACUGGUGCAUUAAACGCUGCCUAAUGGUUGGUAUUCUCGGGCAUUCAUGUCACGUUGGAUUAGAUGCAGAUGUGACCUGCAGACGUGGAAAACAUCACUCACGUCGUCACGCAGCACAGUCGAAAUAUGGGCUGUCUCUCUUUUCUCACUGGAGCUCUGCUGACUCUGGAAACUGCAGCAGAGCCACCGAUUCACAAAGAGAAUCUCUGAUUAUAAAACUGAAAAGGAGAAUAAAUAAAGAUUAAACAAAACAAAUUCAACCAUAUAUAUAAAACUUGAAUUAAAAAAUAAAACCUCGACUAUUUUAAAGUAAAAUACAAACAUUAAUCCACAUUUUCUCUCCAAUGUUCAUAAUGUAAAAUUGUUUUUAAUAUCGAUGCAUCAAAACUCUUGUUAUCAACAUAUAUAUCGUUCGGGCUCUGGUCACAAGAUUCACAGAUUUGACAUGAAGGCAGCGUUCACUGUAGCAUUUCUGUAAAUACAAGUUUCUCUCAGUGUCUUGAUUAUAAAUGUGUACAUAUAUAUAUUUUAGACGUGGUUUUAGUUUUGGUUUCCACAAAAACGACUUUCAGACUCAAGAUAAAUCUGUUGUAAAUGGACAGAGGAGGUUUUUUUUUUACGUCUCUCUCCGCUGAGAGAAGAAACGGAACAAGAAUCAGGAUCAAACGUAAAACACAUCAAAAAUUUAUUUUUUUACCAAGUAGAUCGAAACGAAUGUGAAUGUAAAUAUGCAAAUGUUGGUUUUGUAAAUAUGUGAAA